AUGGAAGAAGGAAAUCAAUCGGCAGUAUCUGAGUUUCUUUUCAGAGGACUUUGCAAUUCAAAGGAGCUCCAAACCUUCUUCUUAGUGCCAUUUUCUAUACUCUACCUGAUGACUGUUUUUGGGAACCUCCUUGUUGUAUUCUUGAUCAUUACUGACCCUCAUCUCCAUUCCCCAAUGUACUUUCUCCUGGCCAAUCUCUCAUUCACUGAUUUCUGCCUUUCUUCAGUUACCACCCCAAAACUAACUGUAGACUUCCUAAAGGAUUAUAAGACUAUCUCCUUUUGGGGCUGCAUGGCUCAGAUUCUCUGUGUGCAUUUCUUCGGAGGAGGUGAAAUGGUGCUACUGGUAACAAUGGCUUAUGACCGUUACGUGGCCAUCUGCAAACCACUCCAUUAUUCUAGCAUAAUGGACUCUAAAAAGUGCAUCUGGCUAGUUUUGAUAACAUGGAUCAUUGGCUUUGUACAUUCCACAAGUCAAUUGGCUAUGGUUAUGGAACUACCAUUCUGUGGACCAAGAAUAGUGGACAGCUUUUUCUGUGAUAUCCCUUUAGUAAUUAAACUAGCCUGCAUGGAUACUCAUACUAUGGGAACAUUGAUAAAUGCUGAUAGUGGGUUCUUGGCAACAACCUGUUUCAUUCUCUUGCUGGUCUCCUACACCUAUAUCUUACUAACUGUUCGCCUUCACUCAAAGGAUGGGGCAUCAAAGGCACUCUCUACCUGCACGUCCCAUAUCACAGUGGUUGUGUUGUUCUUUGGACCCUGCAUUUUUAUCUAUCUGUGGCCACUCAGCAUUACAUGGGUGGACAAGUUUCUUGCUGUGUUUUACACAGUCAUUACACCUCUCCUGAAUCCAGCUAUUUACACACUGAGAAAUAAAGAGAUUAAAAAUGCCAUGAAGAGACUUAUAAAUCGGCAUAUGGUUUCAAGAGACAAUUUUUAG